GCCUCCCCUGGCCGUUACCGGGGCAACAGCGCCGCUCUCGCGAGAGCGCCCGCCGGAAGUCACGCGCGGAGCGCACUGACAGGACCAUGCCCAGGAUCACUCUGAACGGCAUCACAGUGGAUUUUCCCUUCCAACCCUACCCAUGCCAGGAAGCCUACAUGGCCAAGGUGCUGGAGUGCCUGCAGAAGAAGGUGAAUGGCAUUUUGGAGAGCCCUACAGGCACGGGGAAGACCCUCUGCCUGCUGUGUUCCACCCUGGCUUGGCGGGAGCACUUCAAGGACACCAUCUCAGCCCGGAAAAUCGCCCAGCGUCUGCACGGGGUGGAGCUGUUUCCAGACAGACCCCUGUCCUCCUGGGGCACUGCUGCCACGGAUGGCGAGGUCCCGACUUAUUACACUGACAUUCCGAAAAUAAUUUAUGCCUCCAGAACUCACUCCCAACUUACACAAGUCAUUAAUGAGUUGAAGAACACAGUCUACAGGCCAAAGAUAUGUGUGUUGGGAUCCAGAGAGCAGCUUUGCAUCAAUCCUGAAGUGAAGAGACAGGAGAACAACCACAUGCAGAUCUACAUGUGCCGAAUGAAAGUGAUGGCUCGUGCUUGUCACUUCUAUAACAAUGUGGAAGAAAAGAGUACAGAGAAAGAACUGAUUGAACCAAUCAUGGAUAUUGAAGACUUGGUUAAAAAUGGAAACAAGCACAGAGCUUGUCCUUAUUAUUUCUCUCGAAGCCUGAAGCAGCAAGCAGACAUUAUUUUUAUGCCUUACAACUAUUUACUAGACUCAAAGAGUCGGAAAGCUCACAACUUAGACCUGAAGGGGACUGUGGUAAUACUUGAUGAAGCUCACAAUGUGGAGAAGUUGUGUGAGGAGUCCUCUUCUUUUGACCUGACUCCCUGUGAUUUGGCUUCGGCGAUGGAUGCGAUAAACGUCGUCCUAGAGGAACAAGCCAAAGUUGUUCAACAGAAUGAAAUCAAUGCUGAAUUCAACAUGGAGUUGGCCAGUUCAGGACUGAACAUGGAACUCGAAGAUAUAGCAAAGAUCAAGAAAAUUCUUCUUCAACUAGAAAGUGCUAUUGAUGCAGUGGAGCUGCCACUGAAUGGUAAUGGAGUCACCAAAGAGGGAAGCUACAUCUUUGAUCUGUUUGCGGAGGCUCAAAUAACAUUCCAGACCAAAUCCUCCCUCUUGGAGUCACUGGAGCAAAUUUUACAGUAUCUUUCAGGCCGUACUGGGAUAUUUAUCAAUACAUCUGGAUUGCAUAAACUCUCAGAUAUUAUCCAGACAGUGUUCAGCAUCGAUCCCCCAGAAGGCAGCUCAACAGGUUUCCUUCCACGUCAGGCAAUAUCUAAAUAUUACAAGGUACAUAUUCAUGUGGAUAACGGUAAUCAAAAGAAGAAACAAAGGACAGAUCUCUGGAAUUCAUCAUCUUCCAAAAAACAAGGAAAGACUUUAAGCUAUUGGUGUUUCAGCCCUGGCUACAGCAUGCACGAGCUCGUUCGACAGGGAGUCAGGACAAUUAUCCUCACAAGUGGGACUCUCUCCCCCCUCUCAUCAUUUACAAUGGAAAUGCAGAUCCCUUUUCCUGUUUGUUUGGAGAAUCCUCAUGUUAUCGAUAAACACCAGCUCUGGGUUGGGAUCAUUCCAAAAGGACCUGAUGGAGCUAUGCUUACUUCUACCUAUGAAAGAAGGUUUUCAGAGGAUUAUUUGUCUUCUUUGGGAAAAACAAUUGGUAACAUUGUGCGAGUUGUACCACAUGGGCUGUUGGUGUUCUUCCCAUCGUAUCCUGUCAUGGAUAAGAGCCUGGAAUACUGGAGAGAGCAUGAUUUUGCUAAAAGAAUAGAAGAAGUGAAGCCAAUGUUUGUGGAACCCAGGAACAAAGGAAGCUUUUCAGAGGUGAUUGAUGCCUACUAUGAUAAAGUCGUCUGUCCUAAGUCCAAUGGAGCUGCAUUUUUGGCAGUGUGUAGGGGGAAGGCCAGUGAAGGCUUGGACUUUGCAGAUAUAAAUGGACGAGGAGUCAUCAUUACUGGGCUUCCAUUUCCCCCUCGUAUGGAGCCCAGAGUCAUUUUGAAGAUGCAGUUUCUGGAUGAAAUGAAGAGAAGUGGUGCAGGUGCACAGUACCUGUCUGGGCGUGAGUGGUACAGUCAGCAGGCGUCCCGGGCUGUCAACCAGGCGAUCGGCCGGGUCAUCAGGCACCGCCAGGACUAUGGUGCCAUCUUCCUGUGUGACCACAGGUUCACAGCUGGUGAUGUAAGAGGCAAACUGCCCUCGUGGGUCCGUCCUUACGUGAGUGUUUAUGACAACUUUGGCCACGCAGUCAAAAGUGUCUCCCUCUUCUUCCGCGUUGCUCAAGAAAUUAUGCCCCCACCCCUGCCCCAGUGCCCUCCUGGCCACACUGGUUCCCUAAGUGACAGCAGUUCAGCACCAUCUACUUCAUCUGAGCAGAUCCCUUCCGUCAAAAAAGCAAAAAUCUUGGAUGACCAUGUCCCCAGUUUGAAGAGGAAAAGGAAAGUAAAUGGAGAGGGAACACCCAGCCUGUGUGUGGAAUAUGAACAAGAAUUUGUCUCGCCCAGAAGACGGUGUGUUGGGCUCUUGGAUGCCCUGGAGCGCAGUGAGAAGAGCAGUGAAGAUGCAGAAGAGGAACCUGACUUGCCAGGAGAGGAAAAGGCACAUCGUCUGUCUACACUUUCCCUUCAGUAUGAGAAGAAGUUAACAGAUGAGCAGAAAGGAGGAAGGAAGAAAAUAAAGCUGGUCAGCAAUACACAGGCCCUUAGGAAAGCUGAGCUGCCAGAGCCAAAGAAGGCCCGAGCCACGUCGUACAUCAGCACAGUGAAGGAGACCCUGAGCCAGCAGAACUAUGAGCUCUUCUCUAAGGCUCUGCAGCAGUACAAGAAGACAGAUGACUUCCAUGCCAUGUUAUCCGAAAUGAGCUCCCUCUUCGUAGAGGAUGAGAAAAAUCAUGUCUUGUUACGAGAAUUUUACCAGUUUGUUCGACCUCAGCAUAAAAAGCAGUUUGAUGAAGCUUGCUGCAGCCUGACUGGAGUGGGCUGUGGCUACAAACCUGAGCACAGCCUCCUGCAGGAGGAGAGGAAGAUCCUGGCCAAGAGAGCAGCAGAAGGAAAACAGAGUCAGCGGAAAAGUGCAUUCUCCAAGGCCUCACGUACUCAGCUGAACCCUGGGCUCCACCUGAACCAGGGAGGAUUCCACUUGGCAACAGGACUGAACAGUGCAGGGCAGAAUGCCAGUCGAGCUCCAAGGAAAGAGGCUGAAAGGCCUGCAGGCUCCAGGAAAGACCAUCACCAGGCCCUCAGGACUGCCUAUCUCAGGGAUGUGCAAAGGGCUUUGGACAAAAGCACUUACAGCCAGUUCUACGAAGCGUUGCUGGCUUACAAGAAGACGGAUAAUUAUGACGCGAUGAUAUCGGUGAUCGCAGCCCUCACCACGGAGAGGCCACAGGACUUUCACCUCCUACAAAGGUUUUACAUGUUUGUGCGUCCUCACCACAAAGAGCAGUUCAAAGAGAUGUGUGAGAGUUUGACUGGAAUGGUCUGUGGUGAGGGGAAGAAGCAACUGCAGCAGCCAGUGCAAAGCGGAGGGAAACCCCUGAGCUUGGAGAGCUGGUGCACGAAAGGAAACAGCCACGUACAAGAUGCUUCCACUUCUAAGACUGACAUGCCAGGGAAAAUUCAGAGUAAGAUUUCCUCGUUUUGCUUUAGCCAGAAAAGUGAACUUGGGCUGCCAAAGACUGAAAUAUCCGAAGGAACCGGUAACGUGAGAGCACCCACAGACUCUGGAGUCGUGCCCAUCUUUCCCCUGGAGAUGGAACCAGAGUGUGGAAGAUUCUACUGCUCUAACUGCAAAUCUGAGGAUGAUGUGCCCUUUAAAUGUCCAUUAUGUGACUUCACUUGCUGCAAAACAUGCUGGGAGCAGUUCUUAAAGGUGGUGAAGAAGUGCCCAGAGUGCUGCAGUGAUGUGAAGAGGAAGCGAUUAAUCCAGGUUUUCUUAUGGUCAUAAUCCCACCCACAGGAAGGGCAACAAGCCCCCUGUGCCCAGCAGAAGGUGGUGGCUGUGCUCCAGCUCUGCCACUGAGCAGAAGCAGAAUGGAGGUUCCUGUAAAUCCCUUUGGUCCUUUCCUCUGGAUUACGAUGCACCAACACGUGUCAUUUGCCUGCGGAGGGGAUCGAGUCUGAAAGGUCUCGCUGCAGGAAACAAAGCAGGACAUUAUCUUCUGUUGGAACUAGGAAGGUUAACUUUUUACUUGUUUUAACCUGUGAAUUCUCCUGUGGCCACUCUUAGGCUGAAAUUUUAUAUCCUUAGGGGCAUCUGUCGUUUACGUGCCCUUCAAGUAAUACCAGACCCUGGGAAAACCCCAGGAACGCUGUUACAGUGAAACUGAGCUGGCUGAGGAGGCCAGACUACCCAUCCAUACCACACCGGUGUUCCUGGAAGAGGUGAUUCACAAUCACUGUUUGGUAUUUGGCAGCAGCCACUGUCUCCAAUAGCAAAAGAUACUGAAAGGAUCAUUUUUUACAGAAAUAUUCUAGUGGUGGAUGGUAAGCAGAAGCUCCCUCUCAUCUGUGCACCCCAGAGCCUUAUUCCAUCUUCCAUUGUGCUGGGAUUUUUUGAAAUGUGCUUCUAAGGAGCCUUUAUUCUCUGCUCAGUGCUGCUGUUUCCAUGUGUCUGUGUUAUCUGAUGUUGGUUUUCCAAGAAGAAAAAGGAACUAAUCAAUCUAAAACUUAAAAAUAUAUCAUAUUAUAUGGGUUUAAAAAAAUUCCUUAAUACUUCCACUCUCUGUGAGUAGUGGGUAUAAGUGGUUAACCUGGAAAAUUUUAUCAAUUUUAAAUCUAACAUAGGUGCUGUAAAUGAGAUGGUACAUAAAACCGUUGUCUUAUUUGGGUUUGGUUUUAUUAAAAAAAAAAAAAGUUUUAAAGAAAUGACCAGAUAUAAAAAAUACUGGGUAUUGGGUCUCAAUGGUCCUGGUAGGAACAUGUAGAAAGGUUAAAAUCACCCUGUUGGUGAUUUUCACAUCAAUGGAAUUUAGAAAAUUUUAUCGUAAUAAAAUUUUAUUGUUAAUAAUUGAUAAAACUGAAAACCGAGUUGAAUUUUAACAGAGGUUCUUAUUUCCCUGGUUAUAGAAUUCAAAACUGGUGUCACCAAAGCAACUCCAUACCUGAAAUGUGCCUAAUUUUAUUUGUUGGUCAAGGUGUUGAACCUUCUCAAGUUGUGCCGAGUGCUUUUCAUCAUCCUUAGUUCUCCUUUGCUUUUGUAACAAGUAAAGCAACUCCUGCAUUGUUGAAGGGAUUUUUUUAAAUAAAUAAAAGAUGCUCCCAGG